AACGCUGUUUGUUGGAAGUAGUUGGCAACACUAUUAAAUGUAAAAGUCGGUUUUAAUUUUUCCGCGUUUACAUUAAUUUAUUUAUUUACAUUGUUCAGUAACUUAUUCAUGAGUUAACCACCAUUAACUACGGUGUAUCAGAAUUAACCAUGUCUAUAACAGAAACAUUAAAAAGUGCAGUGCCUAUUGCAAAUGACGCAAAUAACGCACCGGCUUGUGCAGCUUUCAAUGCACCUAUUGCUAAUAAUGGAACCCCCAUACGCGUAAAAAAUUUCCAUAACUUGGUUACGCCAGUAGCUAACUCUGAUGUUUCAACUAAUUCCACAACUUCAAAUAUAAUAAACAUAGCUACAAAAGGUAAGACACUACCUAAAGCUCCUGAUGAAUUUUACCGAGAUCUACAGCAAUUUCACGAGAGGCGUGCAACGCCAAUCAUGUAUGCACCAAAAAUUAGCGGACGAGAAGUAGACCUUCAUCGUCUUUACUCUGAAGUGACUGAACGUGGUGGUUUCAAUAAGGUCAAUCAAAGAGACGAAUGGGACGAAGUCCUACCAGUAUUAGGAAUUCGCGAUAAAUGUGUAAAUGCUACCGCAGCAAUUAAAUAUAUAUACAGACGUUUUUUGGAAAAGUACGAGAGACAAAACUUUUUCGGAGAAGAUCCAGAUAAACUAGAAGCCCUCGAAUCUGCAGACGUUAUGGAAGGCAGUGGACGUUCUCGAAAUCGUUACCCCACAUCAAUUUACUCAAGCAAUAGUAACAUUAACGUAAACACAGUUCCAAUGUCCUAUAAUUACAGGCAGCAUAUUGUGAAUAUGGAUCGGCGACGUACCUACAAACUCUCUACCGAUCUUCACAAGCCAUCAGCAUAUGAAAAGUUAGUGCUAUCGCUUAUUUCACCACUCCCUAAUGAGCAAGAUUUUGCUAUCAACGUUUGCUCAUUGAUGACAAAUGAAAGUAAAAACACAUUAAAAUUAAAUGAAUGUCCAAAACUUUUGGAUGUAUUACUGGCCCAUACAGGCGUUUUUCCUGAUUACACAUUGCGAAAACUAUUUGAAGAUGUAUACACACAUGUACGAAAACAUUCCCUUUUCAACUUUUGGCACGAUUUGUUACAUGACAAACCUCAUAUAUUGGAUUUAUACACAGAUGAACAAGCUAUGCGUGAUGCUGGUCUUAUAAGUGAUCUUGAAAUUCUCCACACAGCUUCCGAAAGUGUGGAUGAUUUUAAGAACCUAGAUUUUUUAAAUUUGGGUCCUGGUGAAGGAACACAAGAGUAUGUAGGCCAAAGAGUUCAGCAAAUUGUAUCAAUUUUUAGGAAUCUGAGCUUUUUUGAGGAAAACAUAAAUGUUCUUGCAAAAAAUAAAUCUUUUUUGCGUUUCGUUGUAAUGGGCGCUAAUAUACGUUGGGGCAAUUUGCACAAUCAAAUAUUAGAUAUAGCUGGAAACAUUGCCCCUGAAAUAGAGCUUACAGAUCCAUCCACAGAUGAUAUUUCGCGUAGUUUACUCUCAACUCUUAGUGAAGGAAUUGAAAGCUUGGAUCGUGGAGUAAUCAUCAAUAGUUUGGAGACGUUGUAUAAGUUGUGCCAGACUGAUAGCAAUGAGGAACAUAUUGUUAAAUGCUUAAAUAUGAAAUUUUGUGAAACUAUUUGCCAGUUUCUUUGUCUAAACGAUAUGAUGCUCCUUAUAUUCACACUAGAAACGAUUUAUGCGCUAACAUCAAUGGGUAAUCGCCCUUGUCAUAUGAUAAUGCAAGUGAGAGGUGUUGUUGACCAGUUGGUUUCUCUGGUCACAGUCGAAGCGCAAUCAUACGGGCCAGAUGGAUGUAUUUUAAUGAGAGUUGUUGAAACAGUUCCAGGUAACAUGUUACCAAUGGUAGCACAAAAUAUUGCAAAUCUACAAAAUGUCGCGGUAAUACAAAAACCACCUCCACAAAUUCUUCUACCAGAACCUUUAUUGCCAGCACCGCAACCACCUUUGCCUACACAAGUGAUGCUGCCGACACAACACACUCCACCAUUAAUGCCACAUCCUCAAUUACCAACUGUAAAGUUGCCUCCAAUUGUGACUGGGUCUUCAUCAAAUCAGCAAACAUCACUUGAUGAUCAAGUAAAUACUUCGCAUACAACAGUAAUUACACAACAGCAACCACCUGCAGCACAGCAAAUUGCUGUGGCUACAUCCCAGGUAACUCCUGUACAGCCGCAAAGCUUUACACAUGAUGACGAACAGUAUGCCUUAGCGUGGUUAGGCGCUAUUUUCGAACGUGCUGCACGAAAAGAUUGUUAUAUUGAACAACAGGAAUUAUAUCGUAUGUAUUUAUCACAUUGUCAGAAAUUCGGCAAACACUCUGUUGUGAAUCAUAUACAAUUUCCGCGCCUAGUGCGCUUAAUUUACAACAACAAUGUGGGUCCCACCACCGUAAAAUCUGCUGACGGAAAUGAUCUGCCUGGUCUACAUUAUGUGGGAAUACGUUUACGUGCACAACCAUUGCCCAUACAACCUUCCAAGCAGAAUCCACAAAAAAUAUUUGAAAGCAAACCGCCAACAAAAAGCAGUAUACUCGAAAAUCCAGUGGUCGGUCCAACGUCUGCUCGUAAACUGAAGAAAAAACCAAAGUUACAGCAAGAAUCAUCAGAUUCUCUAUCCACUACAUCUGCACCAGAGCAGAUGACUCCCGAACCAAAAAUCGAAGAGGAGAAAAACUGUGGAACAUCCACUAUUCCCACACACGGUGACAUAACUAUGGGAAUAGUCUCAACAUCAACACAAUCUUCAACAUUGACAGGAGGUAAUACUGUUUCAUCGGCUACAGCUGUUCAACAAAAUGCAGAUUCAACACAACCUUCCUCUUCGUUGAUUAAAAGUUUAUUAGCGAACAAAGUAACACAACGUCAGCAAAAAAAUCAAAAGGAGUUAACUUCAACUGGUUCUACUACGCAACCACAACCAGUUACAAAUUCUGUUGUUCACGCGCCUGCCCAACAACCAAUCAAAGUGGCGAGUACAGCAAUAAGUGCAUUAGUAAAUAACCCAAUGAUGCAGAAUACAGCUGUAAAAGUUGGGCAGACUACAAUUAAACCUCUCAACCCCCAAAUGUCUCUAGAAAAGAAGCCAAUUCUAGAAUCAACGCCGCCACCACUAGCUCCAUUAAGUGGCAACAAUGUUGCCAAGGACUCUAGCGGACGUCCAGUUAUUAUAGCUAAUCAAAUGCUGGUUGAUAUACUCGACAAAAAGGGGGGUGAGCCACCAAUAGCCAACGCAAUUAUGAAACGAAAAAUUGAGGAAGGUAACGACACCGCAAAACGCAUAGCCUUAGAUCCAUCAAGUGGGAGAGAAGAGAUGCCUGUUACACCAUCAAAGAAUGCCGCUAACUUAUAUGCCGAGAUGGCUGCUUCAAUUCUUGAGGAUGAAGAUUUAGAAGACAUACCACCGCUUCCUACUUCCUCUUCUUCGACAACGCAGUCAGUGUUCAAUGAAACCAUACAGCAGCAGCAAAUCUUAAUACCGGCAAAAAUUCAACAGGCUUCAUUGCCGGCUGUACAGCGUCAACUUGUGUUUCAAUCAAAUCAACCACCUCAAUUAAAGCUAACUACACAUGCUGGUGUUGCCUCAGCCACUCAGUUGCCCACAGCGAUGGCUACAAUAAAAACAGACCAAGGUCUGCAAACCGUGCCCGUUAUACUGCAGCAAAAGGCACUAGAACCGACGCAACCACAACAGCUGUUACAACAAGUGAUCACUCAAAAUAUACCGCAACCAGUGCCACAACCACAACCUACUCAGUAUGUGCUUGCCACAAAUCAGCAAGGACAGACUUAUCUUGUCGCCCAGCAAGCCCAGCCACCACCACCCCCACCUCCUCAACAAACUGUGUUAGUAACACAAAUGCCACAACAACAAUCGACUGGCGCAAAAACUAUUAUUAUUUUACAACAACAAACAAUGCCCGGCCAGCAAACUCAUCAAACGCAGCAGCAAAUCAUAACAGGCGGUUCACAAAAAAUGAUAAUGACCACACCACAAGGUCAAGUGGUAGUGACACAACGCCCACAGCCAUCCCUCUCCGCACCCACAACACAACAAUAUUUCAUAAACACUCAAACAGGAACAGCUACACCAAUUCAACAUGUCCCAGUCAGUGCAGCCAAUGUGUCUACCAAUAAUCAGUUGUUACAACGUCAUCAAAUAUUGUCAUCCACACAAGCAACCACUAUAGCUACCACACAACCGCCAACGGGUCAAAUCUCACCAUCAUUGCUAUCACAGUUAAAUCAUAUCCCAGCUACGAUUAAACUACAUCAACCACAAAUGCCAGUAACAACAGUUUCAUCAAUACAUCCACACCAAACAACAUCUAUUUCACGUCUUGGUAAAACAGUUUCAAUUGUACAGUCCAACCCACAGCAGCCGCCCAUACAAAUACCGCAAUUGCAACAGCACCAAUCUAUUAUACAGCAGCAUAUAAUAUCGGGACCGUCAGAGAAGCGGCAACUAAUACUUGGUGGGAGAGCUAUUGAAAUAAAGGAAACGGUAAUCUCUCAAACACCACCACCCACGCAACAGAGUCAAUUAAAUUCUCAAACUAUUAUAACCAAACAAGUUUUGCCACAACAACAACAACAGCAGCAGCAGACACAACAAAUACGUACUGCCAUUGAACAACAACAACAUCCAUCAAUAAUCCAGCAAAAGUUAUCCUUGCAACAACAGCCGCAAAAGAUCAAUGAACAUGUCACUUCAAGUCAAACAUCUUUGCCAAAUAAAUCCCAAGGCGCAGUACAGACUGGCAUACAACAACCAACACCAUCUCAGUCGCCACUGCCAACUAUCAACGUAGCCUCAACACAACAAGUGAGAGCAUCUACGCCACAGCAACAACCUGUACCCACUGCUGUCACUAACAAUAAAAUUUCUGGUUCCGACCCACCACCACUUGCACAGACCGUUCGUUCGGCCUCUUUUAGCCAGUCGCAACAGAAAGAUAUUCUUAAAACAAAUGAAACAACGAAUGCUGUUGGAAGUACAACAUCAACGUCGACAACAUCAGUCUCUACGUCAGUAUCAGCUGUAGCAACAUCAAAUACUCCACCCCCAACAAUUAGCGGUCAAACGACUAUGCCCAAGCCAUCACUACCAAUACCCCAACUUCCGCAGGUCCAGUUGCCAUCAGGAUUGGCAGCAGUUGCUGCAGCGAAUGUUACACCACCUUUGGAUCCUAACUGGCUGUUCGUUUGUGAUUGGCGGAAUUGUCCGCGUCGCAAAUAUAAAUCUCUAAACGACUUGCAGCAUCAUGCUUGCUCUCUGCAUUGCCCGGAUCAUUUGGAUCCGGCUGCUGAAAUCUUCUGUCAAUGGGGUGUAGGCCCAGGUCUUUGCGAUGGCAUUCCACGGAAACGCUUUUCAUUGAUGACGCAUAUCAUAGAUCGCCACUUGACCAAUGAAAGCUUGCACGCUGCUUUGCAGCGUCGUAUUGCAACAGGCACUGUUAAUCUGCAGCCAACUCAGCCGCCUGUAACAAUUGUACGCAAUGUAGAAGCUGCUCAAGCGCAGGCACAACGUAAUAAUGCUGCCUCUCCGGGACCAUCGUGUUUUAUACAAUCUUCCUCUUCGCAACUUCCUGGAGCGAAAAGCGUAGCGGGUAGCUCGGCUAUGCAAGCCAUUAAGAGACAAACUGCAGACUAUGUUAAUCCGAAAGAAUUAAUGGAAGAAAACGAAGGCCCAGUUACGAAAAGUAUACGCCUAACAGCUGCAUUGAUAUUAAGAAAUUUGGUUACUUAUACCAGCACAGCUAAACGUAAUUUGCGACGAUAUGAGCCUCAUUUAGCCAAUGUGGCAUCGAGUAACGUCGAAUCAAGUGGUACACUUUCACACAUUCUAUUCGAAUUAAAUAACUAAUUUUUUUGAGGUCACGGAUAUUUCUAUAGAGUUCACAUAAUUUCGAAAUAUUUACUAAAGAAAAAGUACUUUUUUAUGUGCUUUUUUACUUUCCAAUUUAAAAACUAAGCAUAUAGAGAAUGAAAGUUCCGUUCAAAUGCUUACGAAUUUCAUCUAUUCAAGUAUUGAAGAUACUUUAUUAAUUAUUAUAACAAAAUAAAUAAAAAAGUGGUUUGAAA